ACAAAAAAGUACAAUGGAAAAUCAGCAUAUGUAAGUAAUUUUGCAAAUUUUAAAUAUAUAUAUAUACAAUAAUUUUAUAUAUUCCUAGGCGUACAAAAACGGAGAGAACAACUCAGGAGCAGCUGCAACAUUACAUAAUGUUUUGCAAGCACCAUCCUGAGUUGCAACGCGGGAAGCUAACUCCGACCAACCCUCAAGGGCUGCAAAUACUUUGGUCGGAGUUAGCAGACAAUUUAAAUGCCUUAAGAGGCCCAACCCGGUCGGCAGCCAAGUGGAAGGAGUCAUUAAUGCAUUGGAAACACCAGUUGCGAUCGCGAGCGCGCAAACUGAAAACACAUGCGCAAGCGACUGGUGGAGGCCCUCCGAUAAGUGGAAUGACUCCAUUCGAGGAGCAAGCUAUAACAACAUUUGGGGCAGCAGCGGUAGAUGGAUUGCCGGGUGUUGCGACUUUGGGUCAUCAGGUUUUGCCGUUGUAUAUAAAUACACUUGAAGCUCCAGCUUCCUCGCCAACACCAACAGUCGCAUCGCCUGCUCCAGCACCCUCACUAGCAGUCGCAUCGCCUGUUCCAGCAUCUUCAGUAGCAGUCGCAUCGCCUGUUCCAGCAUCUUCACUAGCAGUCACAUCGCCUGCUCCAGUUUUUUCUGCUUUAUCAAACAAUUUUUCUUCCUCGCCAUCACCUCAUUUUUCUUCUUCACCAUCACCUCCAUCUUCUUCCUUAUCUCCUCCCAUAUUAUCUUCUUCUAUGCCGUCGCCUUCUUAUAUCCCUCCCGAAAAAUCGACUGCAGCGAAGAUGCUUGGAACAGUGCUGAAAAAAAUGGAGGACAGAGAAAAGCGAGAGGAGGAGGCCAUUGCUCUACAAAGGCAAAUUGUAGAGCAAAAUGCGCAGAUGACAGGGGUGCUGACUCAAAUGACACAGGCACUAACCUCGCUGUCAGAGGUUAUGGCUAAGUUGUCCCAAAAAUUGGAUAAAUAAUAAUAAAAAUGUAAAAAAUGAAAUAGAAAUGUAAAAAAUGAAAUGAAAAUGUAAAAAAUGAAAUAGAAAUGUAAAAAAUGAAAUAGAAAUGUAAAAAAUGAAAUAAAAAUGAA